UUAUAUAAUCAAUGUUUUACUAUUUGUUCAAUCUCCUGCUACAAGGAGUUAAUCAUUGUUAUGGUUUUAUUCGCUCUACUUUAUCUUCAUCCAGCUCAAACUUUAAGUAGAAAACCUUUUUUUUUUUUUUUUCAUUAAACAAAAGUAACGAAUGCGCACACACAAGAAAGAGUAAAAACAACCAUUGAUCAUUUAUGAUCAAUUAUUCAUCAAAGCAACAAGCAAACCGAUUGAUCAUGAGCUUACACUAUUGUGCAAUUGGCUCUUAUUAUGGCUGACGCUAUAUUAGCUAGCUAGCUAGCUAGCAGAGAGCACACUAGAUAAAAUUCUUUGACGCCACUUUCAGUAAUUAGUUCAAUUGGUAGCCUUCAUGAACUUAACCACCAAAGGCUCGUCACUAAGAGCAAGCCUCUUCUUCCCGUACUCGUCCUCAAACACUCCCACGUCCUUGCAGUCGACUUUGCAAUGCUUGCACACAGAAGGGCAAUACACGAGCUUGUAGUUCCCACCAAACUUGGCAAUCUUGAACCAGUUCUCGACCGUCCUAGGACCAGUUCUUCUUCGGGUUCAUUCUCUCCCUCAUACGGGUCGUUCGGUCUCUCAUUGUAACUCAUGUUUGUCUAAUAAGAGUCAUAAACUUCCUUUUGGGGAUUCCAGUCUGUCUAGUAGUCGUCCCUUUGAUCUCUUGUUUUCCGAUGUUUGGGGGCCUGCUCCAGUAUGUUCUGUCGAUGGCUACUCUUAUUAUCUUGUUAUUGUUGAUCAUUUUACUCGCUACACAUGGAUUUACCCUCUCAAAUUCAAAUCUGAUGUCUUGUCUGUUUUUCUUGCUUUUAAAAAGCUAGUUGAAAAUUACUUCCAGACCUCUAUUCGCAGAUUCUAUACCGAUGGUGGGGGUGAGUUUCAAAAACUUAAAUCUGAUCUCUUGGCUCAUGGUAUUACGCAUCUACUCACCCCUCCAUAUACUCCUGAGCAUAACGGGCUCUCCGAACGCAAACAUCGACAUAUCGUUGAAACCGGUAUUACUCUGCUCCAUCAAGCUAAUCUUCCGUUGUCCUAUUGGUCGUAUGCCUUCACUACAGCUGUCUAUCUUAUUAACCGUCUACCAUCAUCGUCACUUCGUGGUCAAAUACCUUUCACUGUCCUGUUCAAUGAAGCUCCUAAUUACUCCAAACUUCGUGUCUUUGGCUGUCUCUGUUACCCUUGGUUGCGUCCCUAUAGCUCUAACAAGCUUGAGCCUCGUUCUCGUCCUUGUGUUUUUCUUGGUUACUCCCACCAACAAAGCGCAUAUCGUUGUCUUGAUCCUCAGUCCGGUCGUGUGUUUCUUUCGCGUCAUGUACUGUUUCUGGAAUCUAAGUUCCCAGGUGUUUCAUCUAUGUCUCCACCACAUUCUGCCGAGUCCACCUCCAUGACUUGGCUUGCCUCUAUGUCUCCUCCUGUUUCAUUCCUCCCAUGCAGGCCACGUGAUUCAGCUCCUUCCAUGCAGCCCUUGUCACCUGUUCCGCGGUCUGGUACGCCUCCCUCUAGCUCUCCUUCCUUGGAUCCGUCAGCAUCUACUUCAACAUCCACCUCGGCAUCACCCUCGCCCAGCUCGUCGCCGCCCGCUUCUUCGCCGGCUCCUGCUCCUUGCCAUCCCAUGACAACACGAGCUAAGAACAACAUUGUUAAGCCUAACAAGAAGUAUGUUAAUGUUGUUUUCUCGCAGGAUGCUCCUCCUCUUGAACCGAGCUCUGUCAAGGAGGCCAUGCGUUAUGAUGUAUGGCGCAAUGCUCUUCACACUGAACACAAUGCUCUUUUGGCCAACUACACGUGGGAUCUUGUUCCCAGGCUACCUCACUAUAAUGUCAUCGGUUCGCGCUGGGUGUAUAAGGUCAAGUGGUUACCGGAUGGCUCUAUUGAACGUCACAAAUGUCGGCUUGUUGCGAAAGGUUUUCAUCAGCGGGCUGGUGUGGAUUAUCACGAGACUUUCAGUCCGGUUCUGAAACCAGUCACAGUUCGUACGGUGUUCACCUUGGCUUUGUCUUCGCAUUGGCCUAUUUUUCAGUACGAUGUUAAUAAUGCGUUCCUUCAGGGUCCUCUUCAAGAGGAGGUUUACAUGUCCCAGCCGCCAGGUUUCCGGGAUCCGAAGUUUCCACAUCAUGUUUGUCGACUACGACGUGCCAUCUAUGGCCUUCGUCAAGCUCCUCGCGCUUGGUAUGAGGCGCUGAGUUCUUUCUUGCUCUCGUGUGGCUUCGUCAAAACCGCCUCUGAUGCCUCUCUCUUUGUUUACUCGCAUGACGGCGUUCUGGUUUACUUUCUCAUGUACGUUGAUGACUUGCUCCUAACCGGCAACAAUGCCGCAUUCUUGUCUGCCUUUCAAUCCAAGCUCUCGGAUCGCUUCUCGCUCAAGCAUUUGGGACAUGUGCACUACUUUCUUGGCAUUGAAAUCAUUCCCAAUUCAGCUGGCUUCCUCCUGUCGCAGCACAAGUACGUCACAGACCUUCUUACCCGCUUUCAAAUGCAUGAGGCGGCCCCUGCCCCGACUCCGCUUGCUUCUACCGCUCGGCUUACACUGGCUGAUGGUUCUUCCCCGGCGGAUGCCACUUUGUAUCGACAAGUCCUAGGGGCGCUUCAAUAUCUUGUCACUACUCGUCCGGAUAUUGCUUUCUCUGUCAACAAGUUAUCUCAGUACAUGCAUUCUCCUACCUCGACACAUUGGCAGCAUGUUAAGAGGCUCCUGCGUUACAUAGCUGGUACACGCACUGUGGGUCUUCAGAUUCGUCGUCAGUCCUUGCCUCUUUCACUUCGUAUCUUCUCCGACUCUGACUGGGCUGGUGAUGUGGAUGACCGUACCUCGACUUCUGGCUUUCUCAUCUAUCUCGGUGAUACUUUACUCUCCUGGAAGUCCAAGAAAUAGCGUACUGUUGCUCGUUCCAGUACGGAGGCGGAGUAUCGGGCUCUUGCCCUUGCUACUUCUGAAGCUGUCUGGAUUCAAAAUCUUCUCUCUGAGCUCCACUAUCCGCUGCCCCGUGCUCCUCUUCUUUUCUGUGAUAACCUUGGUGCAGUCAA